AUGGCUGAGGGGCUUACUUUGCAAACGACCCUUGUUUGGCUAAUCAUUUGGACCGCCCUACAAGAUGGCGACGGGGGAUUCCCCCAAGGGCAUAAGGCAAAGGAGAACCUAGCCAGACUACAGAGAGCCUUCACUAGGAAGUGGGAGUUUGUCUUCAUGCAGGCCGAGGCUCAGGUCAAGAUCGACACGAAAAAGGAUAGAAUUGAGAGGAAGAUUCUAGACAGUCAAGAAAGAGCUUUCUGGGAUGUCCAUAGACCUGUGCCAGGUUGUGUGAACACCACAGAGAUGGACAUCAGGAAAUGCAGACGUAUGAAGAACCCACAGAGAGUCAAGAAGUCAGUGUAUGGACUGAUAGAGGAGGGUCAGGCACAGAGCCCGGUACACACACCCUCACAACUAGCCAGGAAAGGCACUAAAGAAGACGUGGAGAAAGAGAUUGUGUUUCUUAACAGCCAGUUGGACCGACACUGUAUCAAGGUUUCUAAAGUCGCUGAGAGUCUGAUGACCUACACUGAGCAGUACCAGGAGUAUGACCCGUUUGUGGUGUCACCAGAACCCUCCAACCCCUGGACCAGUGACGACCUCUCAUUCUGGGACCUAGAGGCCAGUAAGGACCCCAGUCAACAGAGAGUGAGGAAGUGGGGUUUUUCUCUCGAAGAAGCUCUGAAGGAUCCGGCAGGUCGCGACCAGUUCCUCAAGUUCCUGGAAUCAGAGUUCAGCUCAGAGAACCUACAGUUCUGGUUGGCGGUGCAGGAUCUGAAGAGGCAGCCCCUGGAGAACGUGGCAGAGCGGGCUCAGGAGAUCUGGACAGAGUUUCUGGCAGAAGGAGCUUCCAGCUCCAUCAACCUGGACUCACACAGCUACGAACGCACCAGCGCCAACCUUAAAGACCCGGGACGAUACAGCUACGAAGACGCUCAGGACCACAUCUAUAAGCUGAUGAAGAGUGACAGUUACACACGUUACCUGCGCUCCAACGCUUACCAGAACCUUCUGAUGGCCAGGAAGAAGCCUGAGACGGAGCAGCAGCAGGGAAGACGCACCUCUCUGGAGAAGUUCACACGUAGCGUGGGCAAGUCACUGACGGGCAAACGGUUAACAGGCCUGAUGCAGUCGUCCUGACCAGGCCUGGGGCUGGAGUAAGACAGCCAUGCCCACUGGAGCUGCUCUGCUGUGGGGAGAGUGGUGUUGAGGCUUAGAGGCCUAACUGGGGCCUGGACACAACGUCGCCCACAUAACUGACUCCAGAUCAGUUUCCUGAGCUUCAGCGGAGGACAGACAUCAUUGCAAUAAGUCACUUAGAUCUGACACUGGGCGAGUGCUGUCUUUGGCUGCGUCUCAAGUAGCACCAUGUUGCCAUAUAUAUAGUGCACUACUUCUGACUAGAGCCCUUCUGACAAGAGCACUACUUCUGACUGAUUUGUGUACUUUUGUUUAAUCCAUACGAGAAAGUGUACACUUUGGGAAAAGGAUAGAGACUGGCAACCUCCUAGCCUGGGCCUUAGUCUAAAGUAGUGGAGACUGGCAACAUCCUAGCCUGGGCCUUAGUCUAAAGUAGUGGAGACUGGCAACAUCCUAGCCUGGGCCUUAGUCUAAAGUAGUGGAAACUGGCAACAUCCUAGCCUGGGCCUUAGUCUAAAGUAGUGGAGACUGGCAACAUCCUAGCCUGGGCCUUAGUCUAAAGUAGUGGAGACUGGCAACAUCCUAGCCUGGGCCUUAGUCUAAAGUAGUGCACUAUAAAGACAAUAGGGUGCGAUUUGGGACGUAGACACUGUGUAUUUUAUCGACAUAUAACAGCUGCACUCUCUCUCUCUCUCUCUCUCUGGCUCUCUCUCUCUCUCUCUCUCUCUCUCUCUCUCUCUCGCUCUCUCUCUCUGGCUCUUUCUCUCUCUCUCUCUCUCUCUCUCUCUCUCUCUCUCUCUCUCUCUCUCUCUCUCUUGCUCUCUCUCUCUUUCUCUCUCUCUCUCUCUGGUUCCUUUAAUAUAUUCUAUAACCAAAUGGAACGUCAGACUUCUACUUUAUCUCAGCUCAUGUUACUACAGUAUAAUACCUUUAUUAUAUAAACAUAAAAAUGGUUAAAUUAUGUUUAUAAUGUAUUUAGAAUAAGCACCUUAUUUUCGUCCGUCACUCUGAGGUAGGCCAGUAGGCCAGUAGACCAGUAGACCAGUAGGCCAAUAUAUGGAAAUAAUAAUAAUAAAAAUAAUGAUCCGAUCUUUCUAUUGAGUUUUUCAGCCUUGAUUUGAUUUGAGUUACUUUUCUUUUUUAAAUGUAAAAAGAGUUUGAAUGACGGCACCCUAAUUAACAAAAUAAAAUAAAAAUCCCUGUCCAAAAUUUUGUCUGUUUCUUUUUGUAU